AUGGUCUUACUCAUCAUCACAGUUCUGACUCAAACAGCAUCCUCUUUCCGAUACAUGCCUAGAGAGGAUGCUUAUCGCGCUCCCAGCAAACCCGCCUUGCACAAGCACAUAGCGAGAAUACAGGACAUCCCGCACCAUGCUCUGAUAGUCUACGGCACCUACUUCUGCUCGGGGAGUCUGAUCCGCAGCCGGAUAGUGGUUACCACGGCCAGCUGCUUCAAUAAGAGGUCUAGGCAAAAUACCGUGGUCAAAGUUGGCGCCAGCACCGUGACGGGAAUGGGCCAAGUGAUCCCAGUGAAGGAAAUAAAAAUUCAUGAAUACUAUAAGCACGACAGCGCAGCAAAUAACGACAUUGCACUUUUGGCAUUGAAGGAUGUUGCGGUAUUUGGUGACGACGUUAAGAAGAUUAGCCUAAUUGACCCGGAGGUAGCUCUACGUGUCGGUACCACAAUUGAGGUGACUGGCUGGGGGCAUUCGAAUUUACCACAAAGAUUUCUAAAUAACCUGGUGUGGUCUGAAAUGGUGCUCAUAGAUACGAACGUAUGUGUCAAGCACUACGGUGGAUUGAUCAGUGCAUCAAACUUUUGUGCAAAAUAUCAAAUAGAUCGAAGAUUGAGCGACAACGGUGGGCCUGCUGUUUACAGGGAUGUGUUGAUUGGGAUGUUGUCUUUUGGAGGCACUAAUAUAGAAGAACCACACAUUGCUGUGUUCACAAACGCUUCUUACUUCAACAGAUGGAUUAUGCUGAAUAGCCGGCGUUUGGUGGAAAAAUACUUCGUUUACCGAGAUUCCGGAGGUUCGAAGAUAAACCACUGAAACGAAUCCCUCCGCCAGAGUCUCCUUUGCAAGUGUCUCGGAUACCUUUCCCAUACAGGCAGAACAUGUCAG